CAGGAGCGGCCGGGAGCCGCGCAGGGGGCGGGGAGAACGAGCGGCGAGCGGCGGCGGGGCGGCGCGGGGCGGCGCGGGGCGGAGGGCGCCCGAGGGCGAGCGGCCAGGCGGGCACGGCGGGUUCCGGGCCAGCCCCGGGGGUGGACGGUUGGCCGGGCGCGCGGAGCCGGGCCGGGGCCUUGCCGGAACCGGGCCGGGCAGCAGGGGCCGCCGCCGCCCGGGCCCGCCGCCCGCGCCCCCCACGCUGGCCCAGAGGGCUGCGGCCGCGUCGCCGCUGAGGAUGUCCCGGAAGGGGCCGCGAGCGGAGGUGUGUGCGGACUGCAGCGCCCCGGACCCUGGCUGGGCCUCCAUCAGCAGGGGUGUGCUGGUGUGUGACGAGUGCUGCAGUGUUCACCGGAGCCUGGGACGCCACAUAUCCAUUGUGAAGCACCUUCGCCAUAGCGCCUGGCCUCCCACGUUGCUGCAGAUGGUGCACACACUCGCCAGCAACGGGGCCAACUCCAUCUGGGAGCACUCCCUGCUGGACCCCGCGCAAGUGCAGAGCGGUCGGCGCAAAGCCAACCCCCAAGACAAAGUCCAUCCCAUCAAAUCAGAGUUCAUCAGGGCCAAGUACCAGAUGCUGGCAUUUGUGCACAAGCUCCCCUGCAGAGAUGAUGAUGGUGUCACCUCCAAAGACCUCAGCAAGCAACUGCACUCAAGCGUGCGGACAGGCAACCUGGAGACAUGUCUGCGCCUGCUGUCGCUGGGCGCCCAGGCCAACUUCUUCCAUCCAGAGAAGGGCACCACACCUCUGCACGUGGCUGCCAAGGCCGGGCAGACACUGCAGGCCGAGCUCCUUGUAGUGUACGGGGCUGACCCUGGCUCCCCUGAUGUUAAUGGCCGCACACCCAUUGACUAUGCCAGGCAGGCGGGGCACCACGAGCUGGCAGAAAGGCUAGUCGAGUGCCAGUAUGAGCUCACUGACCGGUUGGCCUUCUAUCUCUGUGGACGCAAGCCAGAUCACAAGAAUGGGCAUUACAUCAUCCCCCAGAUGGCUGACAGAUCUCGGCAAAAGUGCAUGUCACAGAGCCUGGACCUGUCUGAAUUGGCCAAAGCUGCCAAGAAGAAACUGCAGGCGCUUAGUAAUCGGCUUUUUGAGGAACUGGCCAUGGAUGUGUAUGAUGAAGUAGAUCGAAGAGAAAAUGAUGCGGUGUGGCUGGCUACCCAAAACCACAGCACCCUGGUGACUGAGCGCAGUGCUGUGCCCUUCCUGCCUGUGAACCCCGAGUACUCGGCCACGCGGAACCAGGGGCGGCAGAAGCUGGCACGCUUCAAUGCCCGAGAGUUUGCCACCCUGAUCAUUGACAUUCUCAGCGAGGCCAAGCGAAGACAGCAGGGCAAGAGCCUGAGCAGCCCCACAGACAACCUUGAGUUGUCGGUGCGGAGCCAGAGUGACCUCGACGACCAGCACGACUACGACAGUGUGGCCUCAGACGAAGACACCGACCAAGAGCCCCUGCGGAGUGCUGGCACCGCUCGGAACAACCGUGCCAGGAGCAUGGACUCCUCAGACCUGUCCGAUGGGGCCGUGACGCUACAGGAGUACCUGGAGCUGAAGAAGGCGCUGGCUACCUCCGAGGCAAAGGUGCAGCAGCUCAUGAAGGUCAACAGCAGUUUGAGUGAUGAGCUCCGGAGGCUGCAAAGGGAGAUCCACAAACUACAGGCAGAGAACUUGCAGAUCCGGCAGCCACCAGGGCCAGUGCCCACCACUCCACUCCCCAGCGAACGGGCAGAACACACACCCAUGGGGCCCAGUGGGAGUGCCCACCGCAGGGACCGGCAGGCCUUCUCUAUGUAUGAACCGGGCUCUGCCCUGAAGCCCUUUGGAGGCCCACCUGGUGACGAGCUCACCACUCGGCUACAGCCUUUCCACAGUGCUGAGCUGGAGGAUGACGCCAUCUACUCAGUACAUGUUCCUGCUAGCCUUUACCGGAUCCGGAAGGGGGUGUCAGCCUCAGCUGUGCCCUUCACUCCCUCCUCCCCACUGCUGUCAUGCUCCCAGGAAGGAAGCCGCCACGCGAGCAAGCUCUCCCGUCAUGGCAGCGGUGCUGACAGCGACUAUGAGAACACGCAAAGUGGGGACCCGCUGCUUGGACUAGACGGGAAGAGGUUCCUCGAGCUGAGCAAGGAGGAAGAUUUCCACCCGGAAUUGGAAAGCCUGGAUGGAGACCUGGACCCUGGCCUCCCCAGUACAGAGGAUGUUAUCUUGAAGACGGAGCAGGUCACCAAGAACAUCCAGGAACUGUUACGGGCUGCCCAGGAGUUCAAGCAUGACAGCUUUGUGCCCUGCUCAGAGAAGAUCCAUUUGGCUGUAACUGAGAUGGCCUCUCUCUUCCCAAAGAGGCCAGCCCUGGAGCCUGUGCGCAGCUCCCUGCGGCUGCUCAAUGCCAGCGCCUACAGGCUGCAGAGCGAAUGCCGGAAGACAGUGCCUCCCGAGCCUGGCGCCCCUGUGGACUUCCAGCUGCUGACUCAGCAGGUGAUCCAGUGCGCCUAUGACAUUGCCAAGGCUGCCAAGCAACUGGUCACCAUCACCACCCGAGAAAAGAAGCAGUGACCACUCUCCCUGUCCCCUCACCCACCCUGGGACCUCACUGGCUAUGGGAGCUGGGCCACUCCAGACACUAAUCCCCACCCCAAAAGAGCCGCUGGCACAAGUGCCCUUAGUGCUGCCCCUUUCCCCUGGCAGCCAGGCGCCUGGAUGCCUGCCCCUCCCCCUUCAGCUCCCAAGGAUGGGGAGGUGGGGUGGCAGGAGCUCCUGUCCCCCACAUUCCACGCACCUCCCCUGUACAUAGCAUCCCCUCCUAUAGUGUGCAGGGGCCUACAAGGCAUCACUCCCAGCCCCUCGCCCUUUGGGGCACCCUUAGCAAAGGGUCAGGCAGAGACACUCCGAGUGGGCAGUUCCCCUACGUGCAUCCCACCCCCAUGAGCCAGUUCAGCCCUGUUGGGGGCUGAGUGGGGGCAUCCUUCUCCUUUGUACAUAACCUCUGGGUGUCCUGCCCUGUAGCCACCAGCCCCCUCUGCUGCUCUCCUCUAAUGCCAAAUGGCCCCAGCUAGCGCACAGGCCCACCCAGCCUGUGUUCCCGGGGUCCCAGCAGCAAAACACUGGAAAAUCUUUUUUUUUUUUCUUUAUUUUUCCUCUCCCUCCUCUCGUCCACCUCUUAAUUUUAACAUUGUGGUAGCUGAGUGUCCCUGCGUGCCUGCGUGUGAGUGUGCGGGACGGCAGUGCCGUUCUGGAGGCCUGGCUCAUCUCGAGCUUUGUGAGAGGUGAGGGUCCAGAGCAGCAGGACCAUCUCCCCUUUCCUGGGGCCAGGGACAACUGGGGCAAGCAGCUGGGGCCCAGCCUGCUGCCUACCCUCCUCUAUGCCCGUUCUCUGUGAACUUAGAAACCACUCCCUCCAUCUUUUCUUCCCCUCCCUUGCGGAGAGGGAAAGUGCUGGCUGGGGCAGAGAACUGAGCACCUGAGCCUGGGGCUGGCUCCCCGGGGUCCCCAACUCAGAUGGAAGUCCCUUCCUAUAACCUCUGAGAGGCCAGCAUCUGCACCUGUGGUGACUGGGUACGUAGCACCUGGGCUGCAGCCUGGGAAGGCUGGAGAGGCAGAUGGCAGAGCCUUCAAGCUCUUCCCCCCCCAUCCCACCUGCCUGGGGCCAGGCUCUACCUGUGUGGUGGUGGGUGGGCUGACUGCCAAAACGUGUGUCAUGUACAUUUGUAUCAAAAAAUAAAUAAGUGACCAUG